AUGCAAGUCGACUUUGGCGACGAGGGAGAGACGGAGCACAGUCUGCACCUGACAGCCAACGCCCACCAACACUACGAACACUCGGCGCCUGGCAGCGGGCCGGCCUACACACAGUUUCGGCAUCCGGGUGGUGGUGGUGGUGGUGGUGGUGGUGGUGUACCAGCAAUUGAUCCGGGACUGGAUCAGAGCACAGGUGCCAGCCGCAAUGUGCACACGCCCAUGUCGGCGGUCCCCCAUCAGGCCCAGUCCAGUCAUCUACUUCAGCCUGACAAUGCCGGUCACCUUUCCCACGGCUUCUAUGGCGACAUGCGCAGCUCCCAGACUCCCCCAGCGUCUGCAAAUGCCUCGCCGCGCUUCUCCCAAAUAUCCCCCACCAGCCAGCCGCGCCAGGCAGCAUCCCACUACGAGCCUGCCGACCGCGACACUCCAUCGCGCGAUGUAUCCGACGACACCAUCGACGACGCCUACGCGACCUUUAUCCUCUACUGCAACCCCAACUUCCCCACCACCAUCGACACGAGCGAACUAGUCAAGCUGUUUCGGACACCGCCAAAGAGCGACGGAAAUGCAUUCAGCACAUGGACUCUCUUCGAGCUGAUACGGAAGUUUGACGCGAAAGAAAUCAAAACAUGGACACAAUUGGCACUAGAUCUGGGAGUCAAGCCGCCAAACACAGACGAGGGGCAGAGUACGCAGAAGGUGCAGCAGUACUCAGUCAGGCUGAAGCGAUGGAUGCGCGCCAUGCACAUCGACGCCUUCUUUGAGUAUCUACUGGGCAAGCAACAUCCAUACUUCCUGCAAAUACCCCACCCCCAUAAUCCUUUCCCAAGUGAAGGACGCGAUGGUGUGCCCUUGGAGGAGGAUCUAGCUAUCCGGGCCCUGGAUCCCAAGUUCAAACCUAAGCGCGGACGACGCAAAGCCGAUGACGGAGAUGAUGACAUCGACUUCGAUGAAGGCACACCGGCUCGCAAGCGCCCACAGUUGGACACGUCAAUCCCUUUUGGCAACGUGCUGCAGCCCCAAUCAGCGUAUCCUACAAGCGCCCAUCCCAACAAUAUCCACGGAGGCUUCCUUACACCGCAAGAUCCAUGGACUUCAGUCUCAACUGUCACUCCUUCUUCAGCUAUGACUGCAGCUUCAGCACCUAGUCGUCUAGGCCAGAGCAAUUUGACCCCCUACUCAGAUUCACCAAUGUCUGGACAGCAUAUACGAUGGCGACUAAACACGCAAGACACACCUCAAACACCUCAUCCGCUCUCUGCUGUAACGCCACAAUCUGCGUACCCGUUCUUCGACGAGCCCCAGUCUGCUGUCACGCCAUCUAGUGCAAGGUCGCGCUCUCGUAGACGUCACGGCCCCGCGGUGUCCUCAGCAUGGUCAACCAGCAACACCUCAUCCACUGGCAAGUUGCGUGGUCGACCUCCACAAAACCGCUCAAUACGAGAUGGACCGUACACUACCUUUCCAGCCAACCCAAAGACCAAAGAAGGACCGCCCAUCGAUCGAACUCCAGGCAAUCUGACACCAAUUGUUGAGCGUGCGCAUUCCGACCCUCCAGCACCAGAAAACUCCUUCCGAUUCCCUCCCACCCCAGCAUCCGCCAUCUCGCCCUCAAAGAUGGAGGGGCAGUUCACAGGCGGCAUGCCCCAAAAGCAACGACUAAGUCUCCAAGUCCCCCCAAACGUCGGCAACCCAGUAGUCCGCCUAGUCACCCCAACCGUCCUCGUAAAUGGAGAAGAAAACUCCUCCCCAGGCACCAAUCUAGGCCCCUCCCCCAUAAGCGCCGCCUCAACACAAGCCGACACAUCAAACCUACCACGGCGCUCUUACUCCUUCAGAGACACCGGCGCAAACAAGGCCGCCACCACCAACACGCUCGCAGACCUCACCAGCAGAGAUCUCGACCUCGUCGCCACUCCCUGCAGUCCCCCCAGAAACACUCAAUAG